AUGGUUUCCUCAACUUUCAGAUUAUUGAUCUUACUUGCAUUACAAAUCAUCAUCACCAUCAAUGCUGACUUCACUCAUGCACAGAUUCAGCCGCCUAAAAUUCCAACAGCCGUCUGUGAUAACAACAAAGGCAACUACACCACUAACAGCACCUACCAAAAAAACCUAAACGACCUCCUCUCCUCCUUGCUCUCCAACAGCAACGGCUACGGCUUUUACAAUUCCUCCAGAGGCCAAAACGCCGACAGAGUUUAUGCAAUCGGACUUUGUAGAGGAGAUAUUAAGUCCGAUGCUUGUGGUAAAUGCCUUAGUGACGCUACUUAUGUUCUCACGGAGUCUUGUCCUAACCAGAAGGAGGCAAUUGGAUGGUACGACAAUUGUAUGUUACGCUACUCAAACCGUUCCCUAUACGGCUUACUGGAAACUAUUCCUGCUUACUAUAUGUGGAACGUACAAAACGUAUCAUCUACAAUCUUGGAUGCGUUUAAUCAAAAGCUCGCUGCCUUAUUAAAUGGACUAACAAGCGAAGCAGCGGGGGGUGGUGAUCUAAAGUUUGCGGUAGGAAACGCAAGUGUUGGUGCGAGUUCUAAUGUAACAAUUUAUGGACUUACUCAGUGCACUUCAGAGUUGUCCAAGGUAAAUUGUACUGAUUGCUUAGAUGAUGCUUUGGCGGCUAUCCCAACAUGCUGUAGUGGAAAAGUAGGUGGGAGAGUUGUCAGACCUAGCUGUAACAUAAGGUAUGAGUCUUACAGCUUCUUCGACGAUACAACUGAGACACCAUCGCCAUCGCCACCCUUAGCAGCGCCAUCCUCCGCUCCUCCAUCACCGGGCACUGACACGAUUCCAAGAGGAAAGAAGAGCAAUACAUCUCGGACUGUCAUCAUUACUGUUGUGACAAUUGUUGGUUCCCUGCUACUAAUUAUAUCCAUCUGCAUUUAUCUGAGAUUGAAGAAGAGAAAGGAAAAACUUGAAGGAGAUGAAAUUGGAACAGAAUCCUUGCAAUUCAACUUCAACUCCAUUAAAAUUGCUACAAGUAACUUUUCUGAAGCAAAUAAGCUUGGACGUGGUGGAUUUGGUGCUGUUUAUAGGGGUAGGCUUUGGAAUGAAGAAGACAUAGCAGUUAAAAGGCUUUCUAGAGAUUCUGCACAAGGAGAUAUAGAAUUUAAAAAUGAGGUUACCUUAGUAGCUAAGCUUCAACAUCGAAAUUUAGUUAGGCUCCUUGGUUUCUGCCUGGAAGGAAAUGAAAGACUUCUUGUGUAUGAGUUUGUCCCUAAUGCAAGUCUCGAUAAGUUCAUAUUUGGUAUGGUUGGAAACUUGGACUUCUGUUUCUAUUUUGAAAUGUAUGAUAAAAGCUCAUCUUAUGUGCCUCACAUGCUUUCAAAGAGUACAAAUAUUAAUUUUCCUUGA